GUGACUUUACCUAAAGAACUAAGAAUAUUAAUCCCUGCAGUCACGAAAGCUUUGAAUCGAAAUGUAACCGUGUAUAACGUCAGAUGUUCCUUCGAAUCUGUUUAGUUUUCCAUCUCACAAAUUAUUGCGCAUACUCCAUAUGGCAAAUUGGGCCUCAAUAUUAUUACAUGCAAACUUGGUUAUGGUCGACUGUACUGUUUCUAAAGAUUUUUUUUUUUAAUCACAAUAAAACUCAAACUCUACCUCUCUGAAAAUGCCCAUUGGUGUAAAGUGAUCAGAGCGAGGCCUUUACAGGAGGAAUUGCAAUUGACAAGAACCUAAACAAUGUUGCAAAGAUUGUCAGAUGCACAAGAGGGAUUCUGCGAAAUUAUUAAAUGACUGAGAUCCACACCACUUCAAGUUUCACUUUGGAAAAACCUGAGGCAGGACAGUUAUAUAAUAAGGUAUGAUUCAUGUAAUGUCAUAAUUUGUCAAACGUUAAAAUAAUAAAUCGAUUUUGCAUUCCAGUGUUUUUCCCAGUUUGUCGUAAUUAUGUCAUGACAUAAUUGCACACCUUUGGUGGGUAAGUAUUAAUAACCUGUUAUCUUUUGCACACAGCGCAGGCCACUCGCCACAAAGACCAAGCAUCCGGAAACCUGGAAAAGCAGGGCACGUGAACUAUGCGGAAAUGUAUUUUUUUAUCUGUUCAGACGAACGCGUCUCUAGCCUCAUUUGCCGCUUGAGUAUCGGCCCAGCAUCUUGUUAACAACCAAGCGCCUGCUGAUGGAGGACAGGAAGGUGUCUUCAAUGGGGGACGAGGGAGAGGGGAGACCGCCACCCUCGUCGACAACUCAGCACCACCACAGCAAUCCCUUCACGGCCCUCGUGAGGAAAGUGAAGUCACAGACUACGGGGGAGGGGAGACCACCACCCUCAUCGACAACCCAGCACCACCACAGCAAUCCUCUCACGGCCUUCGUGAGGGCAGUGAAGACCAUGACAGACGGGAGAUGGGAAGGGCAGCCACAACCAUCUGGACAUUUCGCAGCCCCAAUGCCCCCUCCUGCUUAUACCACCAACGCGCCGAUGGGACACCCAUUUCAUGCUCAACCACAGCAAGGACCACAAUUCUACGCGCAGCCGCCGACGGCAUACCCAGUGGCUUCCCAGCCCACGAUGGCUGGUGCUGAUCAUCCGCAACCCAUGAUGGUCAAUGCACCACCCGGAAUGUUUGUGCCUCAAUACACGACACAACCGAGGAUGGGCGCUCAGCCUUAUAUGUUUGCUAUGCCGCCUGGAAUGGGCACUCAGCCAACGUUUGUUUCUCACCCAAUGGUGGCUCCGCAGUUCACUGGUCAGCCAAGAUUGGGUCCUCAAUUCAUUGGUCAGCCAAGGAUGGGUUAUCAGGUCACCUCACAGCCAGGGAUGGGUCCUCAGAUAAUGUCACAGUCAGGGAUGGGUCCUCAGAUAUUCUCACAGCCAGGGAUGGGUCCUCAGGUCACCUCACAAUCAGGGAUGGGUCCUCAGAUAAUCUCACAGUCAGGGAUGGGUCCUCAGAUAAUCUCACAGCCAGGGAUGGGUCCUCAGAUAAUCUCACAGUCAGGGAUGGGUCCUCAGAUAAUCUCACAGCCAGGUUUUUCAAGACCAAAAAUGCCACUUCCGAUGGAUAAGCCAGAUAAACUGGCAAAUGUGACACCUCGAGAAAAGGAACAUCAAGCCAUCAUGGGACCUCCAGACAAGGCCAAGUAUCACCCACAUGCGAUGGGACCGAGGCAGCAUGCUCAGCCGAACGUGCAUAUUGACAUAAAAGAGGAGGACAACGUCUACGAAGAGGUCACUUUAAAAGAUGGCCCUGGAAGUGGAACGUACGAAAUGGACACAAGCCUCUACGAGCAGCCAGAUGUGUGCUCAGAUAGAGCAGGAGGUCAUCAGGGCGUCGCCGUGAGUGAAAUGGCCGACAAUUAUCUAGCAUUAAAUUAUUAAGAGCAGGGGGGAAGACCGGCACCGCUCAUGAGGUUGUGGAAGUGUUGGUUAGUACUCAAUUUGUAAAUGUUGUAGUGGGUUUACGAUCCAACACACCGAUGUCUGCUGAACUAGUAACGA